AUUAAAGUUUGUUCUUCUUUCAAAUGAAAAUAAAUAGAGCUUAUAAAAGUUCAAUGGAAUUUUCAAAGUAUUUUUCAAUGAAAUCUUGACAGAAUGACACUGCCACUUCAUGUGGCAUGUUCUACUGGAAAACGAAAUGCUGUCAAGAAAAUAAUUGAAUCUGUCCCUUUACAUAACUUAGAAACUAAAGAUGAAACGGGAAAAACUCCUUUGAUGUUGAGUGUUAUGCACAAUCAAAUAGAAUGUGCUACUCUUUUGCUAAAAGCUGGUGUUCAUGUAGACAAUUCCGACUGUUCUGGACAAACGGGGCUUCAUAUAGCUACGAAUAAAGGUUUCCAUCGAUGUGUAAAGUUACUGCUAUCAUAUAAUGCAUCUAGUCAACAAAAAGACUUCUUUGGGGUGACACCUUUACAUUUAGCAGCAAUUCAUGCAAAUCCAAAGUGUCUGCUUGCCAUAUUAAAGGAAAUUAAGCCAGGUGCAAUAGAUAUUCAAGACAGCUGUAAAAAAACCCCACUGCAUUGGUGUACAGCUUAUGCAAGCUUUGAAAAUACUAAAAUUUUGCUAAUGAAAGAUGCUAACAUUUGUAUACCUGAUGAAGAAGGCAAAACACCAUUGCACUGGGCUGCCACAAAUUCGAGUGACAAUGCUUUGGAAUGUAUAAAAAUUUUAUUGGAAAAAGAGAAUAGUCUUAUAAAUUGGCAGGAUUAUGGUGGUAGAUCUGCUCUUCAUUUAGCAGUUGCUACUGGAAGUACAGAUGUUGUUCGUUUUUUGGUUUCUAGAGAUGAUUGCAAUAUUGAUAUUCUUGAUAAUAGUUUUUGCACUCCAUUGCACUGGGCUGCUGGAAAAGGUUUUUAUGAUAAAGUUGAUAUUCUUUUGAGUGGAAGAGCAUGCUGCACAAGUGCAGAUGAUAAUGGUGCAACUGCACUACAUUAUGCAGCAUACAGUAAUCAUGCAAAAACAGUGGAAGUUUUUGUAUCGAGAAAUUAUGUAUGUGUUGAUGCUGAAGAUAAUAAUGGACGAAAUGCACUUAUAUGGAGUGCAGCUCAAAAUGCGGAUGAUGUUGUCAAUAUUAUGGCUCUCAAUGGAGUAAAUUUGCUGUUUGCCGACAAGAAUGGGAUUACUGCACUACAUGCAGCAGCCCUUCAAGGCCAUGAAGCAACAACUGAAAUAUUGUUAAACUUACAAGUUCCUGCUGACCUUAAAGAUAAAUUUGGAAUGACUCCUUUGCUGCGAGCAUGUGAAUUUGGCCGUUCGAAAACAGCUAUGCUAUUAAUUAACCAUGGAGCUAAUAUUUAUGAAAGAGACACAAAAAAAAGAUCGACUCUACAUUGGUGUGCAUUAGGUGGUCAUGCAUAUUUAUGCCAGAUACUACUACUUAAGGGUGUUGAGUGCAAUUGUGUAGAUGUCUUUGGAAUGACACCUCUACAUUAUGCUUGUAUGCGAAAUGGCCAUUUGAAUUGUGUGUCUAUACUUUUGGAAGCUAGAGCUAAUCCUAACAUUGUUGAUAUAGAGGGAAAAACACCUAUUCAUUGGGCAGUGUUAAGUGAUAAUAAAGGUGUUGUCAAAUUGUUGUGUGAAUAUGAUGCCGAUGUUAAUGCAAUGACCCUGAAUCAGAAUUGCUGGAGAUCUCCAUUAAAUCUAGCUGUUAUAAAUGAGAAUAUGGAAAUGGUUAAAUUACUGAGACAUUAUGGUGCCCUCAGUAUAAAAGAAAUUGAAGAAAUUGCCGCCUUUAAAAUUCAGGUUUGGUAUUUUUGCAAAAGUGGUAAAUCUCGCACACGCAAGGAAAAACAUUUCUGUAAAUAUGGAAAUGCAGAAAAGAGCAAUUUAGAUUUAUGCUCAAAUACUGCUCUUUUGAAAAGAUGUCAGCAUGUUAUUGAAGCAUUUAGUGCACCAUCCUUUACAAAUGAAAAAUAUUUGGAAAUAUCACCAUCCAAAAUCCCACUACCCAUUCGGAAAUCUCAUGAGACCGAAGUCAUGUGGCGAAAUUACCAAGAGACUUGCUUCGAAGAUGCUAAUUAUUCCAGAUUAAAAUAUGAUAAAAGUAUAAAUGGAAAUACUUUAACUGCUGAAACAAGAGCUGCUUGCAUUAUUCAGGAAGCUUGGAAGAAGUAUCUUCUAAAAUCUAGAUUUAAGAAGAUGCGCAAAAAUAUUCGAAGAUCUUUCAAAGCACCAGAGGACAGAUAUGUUGCAGAAAGAUCAUGGCAAAUAAAAUUAUAUUCCUUUUAUAAACAGUUUUAAGUGAAAAAAAUAUUCGUUUUCCAAGUAUUAUGUCAGUGUUAUUUACGACAGCUAAAUGCACUAAUAUAAGUCCUCAUUAUUAUGCUAAUGCUAGUCAAUAAACAACUUAGCUCAAAUAAUCGAUCAAAUGAUGUUUAAUAAUUUAUGACUGUGGCUUUAAUAUUGUUUUUCAUAUUUUUAAUGUGAAAAUUUAUACAUGAAUAAAUGAUGCCAAAUAUUAUAUGAGUGAUCUCAUUUUUGCAGAA